GAGAAAAGACCAAUAGAGUUACGGGGAUCGUCAAAAUUUAAAAAACGUCACCGAUAACUAACCAAUUGCGCGAAAUCACACGGAAUUCGAACCGUGUUUACCCGUAAGGUGAAAAAUUACUCUUUAGUGUCAUCGAUAGGCCGAAAACGGAACUCAUUGGGGUGGUACUUUUAGCGUGUGUUGUUAUAAAACACCAGAAAAUAUUAAUUGCUUCUCUCGGAUAUUUUGUUUUUAGUCAAUAACCACUAGUAUCCCAUGAAUCACUUGGAGAGAGAAGCGUGCACAUGCUACAAAUAGAAGUAAGGAGCGGAGCAUGCUGGGCUCUUUCUGUACCCUGUUUGUGUUUGAGAUGGUUUGUCAUGGCUUGUAUAAGAGGCAACGAUAAGAGCGGAGGAUCCUGCGAAAAUGUAUCGAUACAACCCACCAAACAGGAAAAAUCGAUUGUGCAGAUAUAUACAGAUUGGGCCAACCAUUAUUUGGAAAGGGGUCGAUUCAAGCGCUACAUUCAAGACCUCCAGACGGACGUUUGCGAUGGAAUUUUACUCGCUGACGUCAUCGAAGCUGUCACCGGAAACAAAGUGCCUGACAUAAUCAGAAAACCCAAAGUGUCUUGCCAAAUGAUUGAUAACAUCAAUGCCUGUUUGUCCUUCCUCGGUAAUCUCGGUGUUCAUCUGGAAGGUAUCACUGCCAAAGAUAUCAAGGAUGGAAGUUUGAAGGACAUUCUGAGCCUCUUUUUUAGUCUUUCGAGGUACAAACAAGCCCAGAAGGCUGCCAAUACAACGCACAAUCACAUCAGAAACGGAAAUACUACCAAACCCAUGUUAGCUCCAUCUGGUGUCACAGAAAUGUCCAAAUUACCGUCCCCUUUUAAACAAUCAGCCAAUCGAAACGCACUAUCUCAAUCCGGAAAGGACAGUAGCAUACCAGUGCCAUCUAUGAGUCGACGGGUGAACCAAACAGAGAGAACAUUAGCGCCACCUGCGGCGACAAUCAGCAUAACAGGUUCAACCGGUUUGACAUCGAAAACGCCUUCCACCAACAGUUCGAGGUCUGGUUCACCUCAUGGAUCCACUUUUAUACCUCAGCCGAAAUCGGCCGUUUUGACACGUGAUCGGACCAAUAUAGAAAAAUCACAAUCCAGGCCAUCUUCGACGUCGUCCUCGUCCUCUCUUUCUCAUCUUCCAGUCAAGGCGCCAUCUGCCGGUGUAACCAGGAAUCAAACAGUUACUGUCGGGAAAAACGCUAAUCAUUCCAUGUUGGACAAGUUCAAAUUAUUUAAUUCGAAGGAGAGACCGAACGAGGGUGGAAAAGGUGUGGUCUCCAAGCGUACCAGUAGCAGCAGCGGGUUUAGUUCGGCUAGGAGCGAAAAAAGUGAUUCUUCUACAAGCCUAUGCAGCGAAUCAAAACUAACCUCAACACCGGACACACCAGAAAAUCCAGUCUUUCCUGCCAUCUCCACACACCAGGACAAGUCUGUUCGAAGUUUAGGAAAGAAAGUACCCAACAAAACGGCGUCCAACAUCAAAGAAGCUCCACAGAAGUACACGGGUAAGGAUGGUAAGUUCUCUACCAGACCCACUACUAAGCAGAACAAGAUCAGAAGCGGCGAGGGGAAGGAGAGGAAGGCAAAAGAUGCUGAAGAUGAGAACUACACUACUAUCCAACCGGACAACCCCGUGAGGCAAUCGAAAAUAUCCACACUAGCAACGAAAAGUAGUGAGAAGUCGUCUAGAAGUGGCUCCCAGGAAGAAAGUUUGGUUAACAAUACCGGUAUUCCCAAACCUACAGCGGCGGUCAAGGGCACAACAAAAACAAAAGUGGUUAGGAACCAGGAUGCGGGUUACGGGAAGGGAUCACGUGACGACAAUUACGUCAGCACACGGGUGGAACACUCGAAUCAAUACCAGUCCUCUUCCCUACCCAAACCUGACCGGAGUAAAGACAAACAGACGGAAGUUACACAGGCGAUAGCUAUGGUUUCUCCUAUAGUGUGCAGCAAGACGGAGAUUGCGGAUAACCAAUCAUCCGCAGAAAAGGAGAAAGAGGAGAGCAAGGAGGAGGAAGUAAAAGAAUCCGAUAGUUUAGCCGACGAAGCCGAAGAUAUAAUGGUUAACAUAAAACCCAUGCAGCCCUUGACUAGGGCCUCGCCCUACGGCUACACCAGGUUAGGGUGGAGCGCCAGGAAGAUGACACCGGCGGGUCGAGUUCAGACUGACGUCAGCCCUUGUACGAGGCUGGCAGUGAAUAGGCUGAUCGCGCAGGAUUCUUCUAGGAUCUACGGUGUUCCAGUUAAGAGGACACCUAUAGAGAAACUGGAGCAGGAUUACGUCACAGAUAUAGAAUUGCUCGAUAUCUCUGCCGGUUAUAUGAGUGACGGUGACAUGUUAAGGACCGGAAACGGGUGGAGACCCGACGAUAUAGCUAGUGGUUAUAUGAGCGAAGGUGGGGCUUCUCUGUAUGCUAGGAAGAGCGGAGGAAGGAGCAGCAAGGAAAACGUGGUCAAGACCAUUAAUGUGCUUCAGGACGAUAGGAAUAAAAACGCAGAAACGGAAGCUGCUCGCCCGGGCUUCGACGACAGCAGUUCUCUCAGCAGUGGCAUCAGCGAUACAAUUGCAGAACUCAGCACAGACGACAAUCUGACUGGUUCUUCCGUCAGUUCGGAUAAUAAUCCGUAUGGAAGCUUGAAAAGGCCGAAUCGAGAAGAAGAAAAGGCAUCCUCCAUCACUCCCAUCAAAGAAGGCUCCAAGAAGUCUCAAACCAGCCGCGCAGACACUCAAAGGGGAUCCAGCAAGCUGAGCAGGAGCGGAAAUGUUAAGAAAACGGACAGCUCCAUGCAGACGGAGUCCAGCGCCUUUCAUCACAUGUCCUCCUCCUCUUGGAAGAAGUACUUGCAGCAGCACGAGCGGCACACCCCGCGUGAAUCUAGAAGUCCCGAAUUGCGUUACGAAAGAGGAAAAGAUGGUGACAUUAACAGAAAUAAAAGCUGUAUGGGGAGCACAUCCGGUCGUAAAGUACCCGCGGAAGUGGACAAGAAACACAAAGUUCUGAGCGUCAAGUCAUCCGAAUUGGGAUACUUCAGCGAGGGUGAUAACCUGAGCGACGGUGGAAGCCCUAGAAUUGUAAGAGGCAGUUGCGAGUCUCUUCCGCAGAGUUUCAGAACUGAGAAGAAGGUGCAAGGUCUAAGACCUAGCGUGAUCUCCUCUAAUUUGACUAAACGACCCACGAGCGCAUGCAGCAUGAGCUCCAACGGCAGCAUUAAGAGUAGUAAGCUUUCCAAGAAAGAAGAACCGCACUACGAUAGCGUGGAUUUCAUCCGCCCCGUUUUGAGUUCCAUCCCCAGGAUGGGUAACGGCUCACCCUCGAAAACACUAGAAAGAAAAGGUAAAGUUAAAGUAUGCGCUAACACUCAGACUACCCAAGAGUUGCACGGGAUUGGAGCACACUCAGAUAGCGAGUAUUGUACUUUAGACAAGAAGCACAAGCCAUUCUCCAUGACCUCCCCCACUCUCAGUUUAAGAGAUCGUCUCUCUAUCAAUCAGUCUCCUCAAAAUUCGGAUUAUGUUAUCCUUUCACGCGACAGAAAUCCCCGCAUUUACAAGACCACGUUGGACAAUGAUAAUUAUGUCAACAUUGAACCGUUGACAUCGACCGGUUCUCAUUCCUAUGCCUGGAUACGUCACAGCCCCGGUACCUCCGUGUCGGCUCCUAGUCAGAGGAACUAUAACAGUCUUCCGGAAACGGAAAGUUUGGAUUCAAUUUCUUCUGCUCCUGUUGGAAUGCACGGUCAGGGGUCAUCGUCGUAUUACUAUCCUCUCUCACCUGUGAAUACGUCACUUCCGUCGUCUAAUUCGUCCGUUUCUCACGCCAGUGGCAGGAGUUCCGGUGGGUCAUUCUCACACUAUAUGGGUGGUCUACUGAAUAAAAUGGGCAAUAAGGAAGAUGAGAUUCAUGGUUCUGCCCUUUCACUCGUCUCCACCACUUCAUCUAUUUACUCUUCGGCGGAAGAGAAGCAAGCUCACGAAAUCCGGAAACUGAGGAAGGAACUGGACCACGCUAACGAUAAAGUGGCCACUCUGACCUGCCAGCUGACUACUAACGCACACAUGGUUGCUGCAUUCGAACAGAGUCUAUCCAAUAUGACCAGCAGACUGCAACACUUAACAGCCAGUGCGGAACAGAAGGAUUCGGAGCUGAAUGAAUUAAGAAACACCAUAGAAGCCUUGAAGCAACAAAGUGCUGAAGCCGGCCUGACUAAAGUAGCACUCCAGUCCAUGCAAGCUGUACAAAGAAGUAUGGGUGUUCCUCCUAAUUUAGCACGCCGUCAUACUUUUAACACUACUAAAGACACUGCUUUGCAAGAACAACGAAUAUCGAGACAGCUGUCCACAGAUUCCAUGUCGAGUGUUAAUUCAGCAUCCAGUGCUUGCAGCGCAGCUAGCAAUAAUUCUGCUAAAAAUGAGAUAGAAGAAAACAAGAAAAAGAAGAAGAAAGGUUGGCUGAGGAGCUCAUUCAGCAAGGCAUUCACCAGGAGUAAAAAGAACAAGAAUGGUUCUGUUUCCGACGUGGAAGACAUACACAACUUCCAGUCCGAUUCCUCCACGCCUAAUUCACCCCUACUCGGGUCUCACCAUAUUAAUGGCAACUGUAACGGACAGGGGAUGAAGUCAUCCCAUUCUUCUUCGGCGAUAUACGACAAGGACGACGAAUCAGUACCAGAAAUAGUUAAAGAGUUAAAGAAACAGUUGAGGGAGAAGGAUCUUGUGUUGACAGAUAUACGCUUGGAAGCACUAACUUCGGUUCAUCAACUGGAAAACCUAAAGGAGACUGUAAAUAAAAUGAGAGUGGAGAUGAUGAACCUGAAACAGGAUAACGACAGAUUACAGAAACUAGUCUCUAAUAAAUCUCUUAAUUCAUCCCAAAGUUCCCUACCCUUAAGAAACAGUCUAGACAGUUUAGAUAAAAGAUUAAGUGCUUCGGAUUUCUCUGGUCCUUCUAGUAUAGAUAUAUAUUUGAGCGAAAGUAUAAACGAUCAAGAUGGUAAACGUGUUCCCGUAUCGGUUUAUCUUUGCUGUCGGAGUGACAUAACUAAAUUGAACAAUUGCACUCAGAAAGUCCAUAUAGGUACUUUAUCGGUGGGUGGAAAGACAAAAUGGGACCUGCUAGACAACGUGGUGAAGAAACUAUUCAAGGAACACGUACUUCGCAUCGAUCCCGUAUCCAAUCUGGGAUUGAAUGCAGAAAGUGUGUUAAGUUACAGCAUAGGAGACGUUUGCAGAUCGAAAGAAGCCGAAUUACCUGAAUUGCUGCCAUACGGUUAUCUUGUCGGAGAAAACACAGAAAUAAAAAUAAUCCUGAAAGGCAUUAAACACAAUUCGGUCGAUGCUGUGGCUUUCGAGACUCUCAUCCCCAAAUCGAUCGUGCAGCGCUACAUUUCUUUAUUGACCGAACACAGAAGGAUCAUUUUGUGUGGACCCAGUGGGACGGGGAAGACAUACCUAGCGCAAAAACUAGCAGAGUUUCUAGUGUUAAGAAACGGCAAAGAAUUAACGUCGGGUUCGGUGGCAACAUUCAAUGUGGACCACAAAUCGGCUAAAGAGCUGCGUCAGUACUUGUCGAACGUGGCGGAACAAUGCGAGAACAGUGAUGCGUCAGAUCUCCCUUCUGUGAUCAUUCUGGAUAAUUUACAUCACGUGGGAUCGCUGGGAGAAGUUUUUAACGGAUUCCUUAGUGCCAAGUACCAAAAAUGCCCGUACAUCAUAGGAACAAUGAAUCAAGCCACGUGUUCUACAACUAACCUACAACUGCACCACAAUUUCAGGUGGGUGCUUUGUGCUAAUCAUAUGGAACCGGUUAAAGGCUUCUUGGGGAGAUACUUGAAAAGGAAACUAAUAGAAUACGAAGUGCAAAACGGGACGCGCAAUUCGGAUUUGACGAGAAUCAUCGACUGGAUGCCCAAAGUGUGGCAACAUUUGAAUAAAUUUCUAGAGACACACAGCUCUUCCGACGUAACUAUUGGACCCCGACUGUUCCUGUCGUGCCCCAUUGACGUCGCUAACUCUCAGGUGUGGUUCACAGAUCUCUGGAACUACAGCAUAAUUCCCUACCUGCUCGAGGCGGUUCGAGAAGGGUUGCAGCUGUACGGGCGCAGAGCACCGUGGGAAGACCCCGCCGAAUGGGCCAAACAAACUUACCCAUGGCCCAUAACGUUAGACGGUGAUAGUUCUCAGCUUUUGUGCUUGAGACCGGAAGAUGUAGGCUAUGAAGGUCAUCCCGGCCCCACCAAAAGCGUCAUCCCUCCCGUUACCGAUGUGGAUGCCGAUCCACUGUUGAACAUGCUAAUGCGCCUUCAGGAGGCUGCCAGCUAUUCUAGCCCGCAUAGCAACGAUAGUGACUCCACUAGUCUGGACGGAAGCAGUCGUCUGCAGGCAGAGGACCUGAUCAGUUCCGGAUUAGAGUCCACACUGUAAAAAACAACAACAACAACACUACUUUUGUACAGUGUACAUUUAGCAAAUUAACGCAAAACUACAUCCAUCUUUUCUAAUUCGUGAAGAGUUAAAUAUUCACACAGGUGUUGUGAUGUAGGUACGUGGUGCUAAUACUUUUUACACGGUUUUUACCAAUACUACACAGCAUUGGUUGGGGGUAUUACACGUGCCCGAAUUGUUAUCAUCAUUUUAUUCUCCUGUAACACGUGAAUGUAUAUUUACGGCCCAAUUCCUGGUGUCGAAAUGAAAUUCGUGACGUGGUUGCCCCGUCUGAUUGUGUGCCACACGCCAUUGUGAUAUGAUGCACUUUUCAUUCUCUCUCUCUCUCUCCCAUUUUUUUUUUCGGUUGUAAACACGUUCCAAGAGUGACUUGUUCCCCUUUCCAGUUCUGUUUUUUUUCUUUUCUAUAAACUCGUUUUUCUUUGUUUUUUUUACAAGCGAUACAAUUGUUGCACCUUUAUUGAAUAGGCAAAGGAAUUUCAUGUAGAAUUUUCUAUAUCUAAAUAAUGCAAAAAAAAGAAAAUUUGAUAUAAUGUCAUUUUUUAUACUGUCGUCGUGUCUUUUUGAACACUUAAAAAUGAAAACUAUCCUCGAGUUUUCCUAGUUUACCAAAGGAAAAAAAUUAUAUAUAUAAAUAUAUAUUAUAUAUAUAGAUAUUUUUAGAUAUAGAAUGGUUAUUUCGUAAUACCAGAACGAAAACAAAAGGUAGGGGGCCAGGUGUCGCGUAUAGAGCGCCCUCUCCGGCCAGAAAUUGUAAUAACUUAAUUAGUGGGGCCCUACGUGCCGGUGCCCUCCUAAUCAAGGGGCCCCCUUCCAGAUGUAAAUCUGGUAUAAAGUCUAUAUAUAUACAUAUAUAUAGUCAGUCGUAGUUUCCCCCUUUACUACAAAGAAACAAAAUUUCUAGCCAUGUUUAGAGCACAUAAUGUUGUGUAUAUGAACAUUGUAAUUUAUUAAGAUGUAAUUCUGCAGGUUAAUUGUUAAAAGAGUAAAGAGAAAAUAAUAAUAGAGAAUUUUUUGGACACGCAUUGUUUUUCUUUUUUGACACUAAUUCGGGGCGGUCCAAAAAUAGUUUCGCUCCGUAUAAUCUCCCUCCUUUAAUAUGUACAGAUGAUUGUAAAUAAACAGUUUUUAUACAAAAGGAAA